AUGAAUCCUUCACUCGAUGAGCUGAUGACACGACGCGCUUCGUUGAGGACCAAAUACGAUGAAGCUGUCUCCAAACUUCUCCAGGCCCUCGACUCCCACCCUAAGCCCACAUACUCGCGCGAUGAUCUCACGAAGCUCCGGAUUACCCUUGGAACGUUCAAUCCUGAUAUUCCAUCAUUUGGCACGUCGCUCUUCGAGCCCAUGUCCCCCGAGAAACUUGCCGGAUUCUCACUUAAGAUGUCGGAACAAUCGCAAAACACUCAAAACUUACACAACAGGUAUGAUGAGCUCUACAACAGACUCCCUGAUCAGGCAGGGAUAGUAGGCUACCGCCAGCCGAAUGGAAGAGAAGCCGAUAUCUUCUAUCGAAACCUGGAAAGUACCUCCUCCUACCUGGGGAGACUCUACAAAGGCUCCUACAAGAGGACCAGGCGCUCCCACGAAUUUCUCACGGACACCUCCAAGUGGACUCAACUUGCAGAUGGCAAUCCUUUCGAAGAACUUCCAGUUGGCUUUCUUGGCGGCUAUUCCCCAAACGCUCAGAUUCCGCGUUGGUACGUCGAGGCUAACUAUGAGUGGCAAGAUAAUCCCCGUGAUCCAAGUACGAUCCGUCCACACAUGAUGCUCGUUGUGCGCACCGGUGCCAUUGCCGUCGUAGGCGAGCUGCUCUUUUGCGAGCUCGCUUGUAUUGCUCAGGUGAUCAAAAAUCGCCUGCAGCAAGAGGAUUUCACAAGGACAUCACUAUUCCCGGUAGGUUCCUACACAAUUUAA